GGGCCGAGCAGACGCGGGUUCGGUGGCCCCGCCCCUUCCCGGAGGAUCGCCGGUACUAAAGGAGGAGCGGAACGCGGUUCGGGUGAAGGAUCCUCCGGAAGAUCUGCAGACAUGGAGCCGCUGGUGGCUGCUAUAGAUCAGGGCACCAGCUCCACCAGGUUCCUGGUUUUCAACACGAAAACGGCCGAACUGAUCAGUCACCACCAAGUGGAGAUCAAGCAGCACUUCCCAAAGGAAGGGUGGGUGGAGGAGGACCCCCGCGAGAUCCUGCAGUCGGUCUACGAGUGCCUGGAGCAGACGUGCCACAAGCUGCGGCAGCUCCAGGUGGACGUGGGCCGCAUCACAGCUGUGGGAGUGACCAAUCAGAGGGAGACCACCCUGGUUUGGGACAAGGAGACCGGAGAACCGCUCUACAACGCCAUCGUCUGGCUGGACCUGAGGACCCAGUCCACGGUGGAGAGGCUCAUCAGCAAAACCCCCGGCAGGAGCAAGAACCACCUAAAGCAUAAAACCGGCCUGCCCAUCAGCACCUACUUCAGCGCCGUGAAGCUGCGCUGGCUGCUGGACAACGUGGCGGCGGUGCAGGAGGCGGUGCAGAGGAACCGGGCCAUGUUUGGGACCGUGGACUCCUGGAUCAUCUGGUGUCUGACGGGCGGCAGAGAUGGAGGAGUCCACAUCACAGACGUGUCCAACGCCAGCCGCACCAUGCUCUUCAACAUCUACACCCUGGGCUGGGACCCUGAGCUCUGCAGUUUCUUUGACGUCCCGAUGGAAAUGCUGCCUGACGUCAGGAGCUCCUCUGAAAUCUAUGGCCGGAUGAGAACCGGCUCGCUGGCAGGGGUUCCCAUCUCAGGGUGUCUCGGGGACCAGUCGGCAGCUCUGGUUGGUCAGAUGUGUUUUGAAGAAGGACAGGCCAAAAACACGUACGGGACCGGAUGCUUCCUGCUCAGGAACACAGGAACGAAGCCGGUGAUGUCCCACCAUGGCCUGCUCACCACGGUGGCCUACCAGCUGGGAACGGACCGGCCCGCCUGCUACGCCCUGGAGGGCUCGGUGGCUAUAGCCGGAGCAGUGGUGCGCUGGCUGAAGGACAACAUGGGCAUCGUGCAGUCGGCCUCAGAGAUCGAGCAGUUAGCGGCUGAAGCAGGAACCUCCUACGGCUGCUACUUCGUUCCAGCGUUCUCCGGCCUCUACGCUCCUUACUGGGAGCCCAGCGCCAGAGGCAUCAUCUGCGGCCUCACACAGUUCACCAACAGGAAGCACCUGGCCUUCGCUGCCCUGGAGGCCGUCUGCUUCCAGACCAGAGAGAUCCUGGACGCCAUGAACCAGGACUGCUGCAUCCCGCUGUCGGUGCUGGGCGUGGAUGGAGGCAUGACGGGGAACAGGCUGCUGAUGCAGCUGCAGGCCGACAUCCUCUGCAUCCCUGUGGUGCGACCCACCAUGUCAGAGACCACCGCUCUGGGAGCAGCCAUGGCGGCGGGCGCCGCUCAGGGGGUGGACGUCUGGAGUCUGAGUCCAGACCAGCUCCCACACGUCACGUCUGAGAGAUACGAGCCCCAGAUCAACACCGAAGAGAGCGAGUUUCGCUUCGCUCGCUGGAAGAAGGCGGUCCAGAAGGCCAUGAACUGGGAGACCACAGAGAGCAGCGGCACCGGCGUAGGAAAGAAGACCAACGGCGCCCCCCGCUGGGUCCCCCCCACCCUGGCCCCCCUCAGAGUGGACCCCUGAGGUAGUAGGUCAGCAGCAGGGCUUAAACUGAGCUGCCAGGUUCUGGUCGGCCCACAGGACGACUACAGAGGAGGACAGCUGGAGGAACACCUUGGUUCUGGACCUCGGUUCUGGUUGAGGCCUUGCAGAAGAAUCCGGUCCAAGACCUCAGAACCACCUGGACUUAAAGCCCAACCCUGGAUCUUCUGAGGGCAGCUAGCGGACGUUUUACUGGAACCGUCCCGUUUUCUGCUCUGAGAGUUAAUCACGGGUUGGACUCUGAGCAGAACCUCAGAUUUAGAACAUUUUGGAGCAGAACCAACCCAAUCUAUUUCUGGACGCCAUUGUAAAUAAGAACUUGUUCUUAAUGACUUGCCUGUAGAAAUAAAGGUAUAAUAAUUCCUGUA